AUGGCAGAAGAGAUUUCAAUUACAUUUGAUGAAUAAAAUAAAAUUAGAGUAUUGGAUGCUGAGAAGUAUAGAGAGACAGAAUAAUUGAAGAUAGAGAGCAUGGAUUUUAUUAAGAAAGUUCUUGCUUUAGAUGAGGUGGUUCAAAAUUUGAAUGAGACAUUAGAAGAAUAUUCAAAAAAAAUAGAGAUUGAAAAAUUAAGAGCAAUAGGAGAGGUAUAUAUGAAUAGAUUAGUUAGAGAAAUAAAGUAGAAACAGAAUAAGAAAAUAGAAAGAAGAAGUUGAUGGAGUUAUCAAAUAUUUUGAAUGAAAGAAAGGCUGAAUUAGAUAGAUAUUAGAUUGAACUUGAUAGUUUAUAGAAAGUUGAAUAAGAUUAAAGAAUAUUAAUAGAGAAACUAAGCAACAAUGAAGCAUGAU